CCGGCACAGGAGGAGGAAACGACUCUAACCAAUGAAGCCCAAACGCACCUCCCUCGCGCUCCGAGUGACAAGCGCGCAGACCUAUUGGUGACCCCGCGAGAGCGCGUCGCCUGUUAUUGGCAGAUGUGAAGCCAAUGCUGUGUCGCUGAGACCCGUGCCUGCUGGAGCGGGGCAAAGAGGAGCGUUUCUCAGAGGGAGAAGUUGGCUGGAGGUGCUGAAGAUGGCGGAUGGAGACAGCGGGAGCGAGCGCGGGGGCCUCCAGCACUUCCAGCGGGAGCAGGAGACCCAAGAGCUGGCGUCCAAGCGCCUUGACAUCCAGAACAAGCGCUUCUACUUGGACGUCAAGCAGAACGCGAAGGGCCGCUUCAUUAAGAUAGCGGAGGUGGGCGCCGGGGGCUCCAAGAGCCGCCUGACUCUUUCCAUGUCCGUAGCGGCCGAGUUCCGCGACUACUUCGGGGAUUUCAUCGAGCAUUACGCCCAGCUGGGGCCGAGCAGCCCGGAGCAGAUUGCGCAGUCGUCCGCUGGCGAUGACGGAGGCCCGCGGCGGGCUCUGAAGAGCGAGUUCUUGGUACGCGAGAACCGCAAAUACUACCUCGACUUAAAGGAGAACCAGCGCGGGAGGUUCCUGCGCAUCCGCCAGACCGUCAACCGAGGUCCCGGCUUCAGCGUCGGUGGAGGAGGGGCCGGUCCCGGCGGUGGCGUGCAGGCCGGCCAAACCAUCGCGCUGCCGGCGCAGGGCUUGAUCGAGUUCCGAGACGCGCUCGCCAAGCUCAUCGACGACUACGGCGGGGAGGACGAGGAGCUCAGUGGGGGGCUCGGGGCCGCGGGGGGCUACGGCGAGCUCCCCGAGGGCACAUCCAUCAUGGUGGACUCCAAGAGGUUCUUCUUCGACGUGGGCUCCAACAAGUACGGCGUGUUCCUGAGGGUCAGCGAGGUCAAGCCCAGUUACAGGAACUCCAUCACCAUCCCCUUCAAGGCCUGGGGGAAGUUCGGAGGAGCCUUCUGCCGCUAUGCCGAGGAGAUGAAGGAGAUCCAGGAGAGACACCGGGAUAAGAUGUAUGAGAGGAGAGAGGAGUCCGAGGGCGAGGACGUGGACGACGACUGACCCCAGGAGAUGUGUGAAACAAAAAGUGCAUGAACUGAACUCAAAUAGCCUACUAAAAUAUUCAUCGGACAGAAAAAUAGAUCUGUGAAAUUUCUGUGUGGUGAGAGUUUGGGGAGGGGGGUGGGGUCGUCCAAGUUUUAAGGCGUGGGGCGAAGGAUGUCUCGUUGGGUUUGAUUUAUUCCUGAUGCUGCCCUGUCCUGUGAAACCAGCAAGUUUAAUUGUCUUAGCUCACAAUUAAACUUUUGUUACAUCAAUGCCAAGGCUGCUGAAUUUCAAAAGCGGCACGUAUAUGAUAAAACCAUGCUAUAAGGGUGCAAACAUGUUUUUAGAGGGGAGAAGUUUAGUAUAUACAGUAUAUAUAUCUAGCAUCACUGGUCUUCAUGGUGUGUUUCCUCCCAAGGCAGCAUGGGACUUUCAAAAUGUAUAUCAAAAGUUUUGUUCCCAGUUUAUUUGUUUCUUUUUAUAGACAAAUGCUCCCUUUUUUGUACUCAGACCAACAUGACUUUUAUGGUUUGGCCAAUUUGAUUGAGCAAUGAAAAGUUUUUAAUUCAGAUUUGGAGCAUUUUGACCCCCUGGUUUGGAGUUUGUGUGUCUCGGCUGUUCAUGGCGAGACUUUUUAAAGUCAUAAUCUGACUUUAUUACAGGCAUUAUUGAUGAAAAUGGUUGCUUUGUGCACAUCCUUCCACCGGUGCUAUAAAUGGAUGGUGAUAUAUUUUGGUUUUGGGGUCAACAUUCAACAUCAACAUUGGGUCAAAGUCCCCUCAGAAUAUUUAAGGACAGAUUGCUUAAGUCAAUAGAUGCAUGGUAUUAGUUAAUAUAAAGGACAGCUAUGUGGGCGAGUGUUUUCACCCUGUCCCCUUUAGUGUUGUCUUUUUUUAUUUUUUUUUUUAUUUUUUUUAUGUGAGAUCAUUCUUUAUCAGAGAAUACGAAAACAAACCAGCAUAUUUUUGAAUACACAAAGUAAAAAUUAUAUAUAAACUACAGAAUUAUUAAAGCUCAAGAAGCUAAUUUUGUAAAAAAGAGAAAUAAGCUGGGAUUGGAAGACUGUCCAGUGUAUGUGUUUUGUGGAAGAUUAGAUUAGCCUUGCGAAACGUCACCCUCCCAAGCUCCUCCCACAACCUUUUUGAGUUUACAGCACGCACUUCAUUAUGUUUUCUUUCUACGUGAUUAAUAUCAAACAUCUUUCCGGUAGUCUCGUGUGUCCAUUUCUGAGCAUGCCCGUCCCGCAUUUGCCUUUUUAUUUAAUUUAUUGCUUUCUCUUGUGUAGUAUCUGCAGCUAUAUUAAUGCAAGACUUUUGUUUAGCCUUUCACCAAAAAUAUUAUAAAAAUAACUAAGUAGACCAGUGGGUUAUGAUGGAGAAAGAUUAUUAACGACGUUAAACAGAUCUCAUCCAUGCACUUUAGCAAAAACACGAAAUGCGUUAUGUUUGCGUCCACCGCGAAGAAUUUAACAACAUUUUCUUUUUUUGGGGGGGAGCAACAGUGUUUUGUGAAGCCUCCUUUGACCUGUUUCGUGUUAAAUGGCAGCUGUUGAAGUCAUGUAUACUGCUGUGAUCUUUCCUAAAAUGCAAGAUGGUCGAAUUGCAUCCCAUGUUAUGAAAUAUUUUCACACACUCUUAUCCGUUUGCUGCAGAAUUGUUAAUGUAUGCCAAUCUCUGAUCUCGUUCUCUGUACUUCCACGAUUGCAGCAGCUGUUUCUCCUCAAAAGUGUGCUGACUUAGCAGGCCGGCUAUUUUAAUGCGAGAAGCAUGAACAGGGUGAGCAUUCCUGCCCUGGCGGCCGUGGAUUCAGCUGUGCCGUUUGCUCUGUAGUGCGGCGAGGCACAAGGGCCCGAUUGUUGAUUCGUUUGCAUGCCACUGCAAAUCUUAUUACAUCAGCAGACUGCAUUCGCUGCACGUGAUAAAGCCACAUAAUGGAGAAAAACCCGUCGUUUGACACAUUAACAUACAGCAUUGAGUGUUUUCUGUGCAACCUUAAAAAACAGGCCCUGAUUUGGCAGCCGAGCCUAAACGGCAAUAGAAAGCGUGACACAGCAGCUGUUUUGGCAGGACAUUCUUGCGUUUCCCCCCCGCCUGCUCCCCUCCUAAGCUGCUGUUCGGGUUGCUCUGCUAAACUGAGCAUUUGUAGACGGGAGGCACCAUUCGGGACUCGAGGGGGGCUGAGUUGGCUGUAUAACAGGACUCACUGCUCGCUUUAGGAAGGAGAUUUGCCAUAUGCUGGCGUGUCUAAAUCAGCAGCGUUUGUGCAUUCAUUUUGAUUGUAUGACCCAU